GGCGGUGCCGCUGGGUGGGGGGAGCGAUGGCGGCCGCGCUGGGUCUGUCGUCCGCGCCGGGCUCCGCCGCCGUGAGCGAGCUGUGCCAGAACGGCCGCGAGAUCUUCCUGGAGGCGUCGCGCCUGCUCCUCACGUACGCCGACAACAUCCUCCGGAAUCCAUAUGAAGAAAAAUAUAGAUUAAUUCGGAUUGGAAAUCCAGCAUUUUCCACAAGGCUGUUGCCUGUCAGAGGAGCGGUUGAAUGUUUAUUUGAAAUGGGGUUUCAGGAGGGAGAAACUCACCUGGUUUUCCCUAAGGAAGCUUCGAUUGAGCAACUACGUAAAAUCAGAGACUUAAUUGCUGGAGAGAGAAGCAGCAGACUGAAUGAGUCAAACCAAAUCCCCAAAUCAGGAUCCGCUGAAACUGUCAGCAGCACUCAGACAGCUGCACAACAGCCUUCAAGACCUGUUCUUGCCCCUGCCCGUCAGCGACCAGAAACAUCACUUGUGCAAUCUCUUGAAAUGGCUGCAAAUAUCUUGAAAACGCUUCAAACAAAAUUUGAGGAUCUUGUAUUGAUGUAUGAGAAUCCUUCUAUUCAGCAGAAAGCACUAGCUGCAAUUCCCCUCCAGGAAUUGAAGAACAAGGCUCAGAAAAAGCUAUCACAAGCUACAAGACUGGACAAAGGUGCACAUGUGAAUGAAGAGGACUUCCUAUUGUUGGAGCUUUUGGAGUGGUUUAAGACUUACUUUUUUCAUUGGGUAAAUAGUCUCCCUUGCAGCAGGUGUGGUGGGCAGACAGAGCCUAAAAGUGACUACCUGUUGCCUACUGAGGAUGAUGUAAGGUGGAGUGCCAGUCGAGUGGAAAACCACUACUGCAACCAGUGUCAGUUCUCUAAUAGAUUCCCAAGGUAUAACAACCCUGAAAAACUUCUGGAAACCAGACGUGGACGCUGUGGCGAGUGGGCAAACUGUUUUACACUGUGUUGCAGAGCUGUAGGGUUUGAAGCGAGAUAUGUCUGGGACUAUACAGAUCAUGUGUGGACUGAGGUAUAUUCUUCAUCUCAGAAAAGAUGGCUUCAUUGUGAUCCCUGUGAAAAUGUCUGUGAUAAGCCUCUUCUCUAUGAAACUGGAUGGGGAAAGAAGCUCUCCUAUGUAAUUGCAUUCUCCAAAGAUGAGGUUGUUGAUGUCACCUGGAGAUACAGCUGUAAACACGAAGAAGUACUCUCUAGAAGGACAGCACUCAGCGAAGCAACGCUACGUGAGACAAUUAAUGCACUAAAUAGAACGAGACAAAAGUCUUUGUCAGAAAGUAGAAAAAGAGAGCUCUUGGAAAGGACUAUUGUGGAGCUUGUUGAAUUUAUUUCUCCUAAAACACCUAAACCUGGAGAAUAUGGUGGAAGGACAUCAGGCUCAAUGGCUUGGCGAAUGGCCAGAGGCGAAAUUGGUCCAGAGAAAAGAAAAGAAGUACUUUUUAUUCCCUCUGAAAAGGAGAAGACAUCUAAACUCUUCCACCUCACCUACAAUAUAGUAGAUGAUAGUUAUACACGGAUUUCCAAUAACAAUGAAAAAAUAAGUGGCUGGGAAGCAGGUGUUUGGAAGGCAGAAUCUGUUUGGAGAAAAGUUGAAACAGAUUGGAAAAUGGUUUAUUUAGCCCGAAAAGAAGGGUCAUCCUCUGCUUCCAUCAGCUGGAAGUUUGAGUGCAAGUCAGUCGGUCUGAAAAUAGAUAACAUUUCAGUUAGGACAAGCAGUCAGACUUUUCAGAGUGGAAGAAUAGAGUGGAGACUUUGCUCUCCAAAAGCAGAAAUUGCUCUGAUGGGAGAUAAAAAUCUUUGCUCCUAUUCAGAUUUUUCUGGUGCAACAGAAGUUAUGUUGGAAGCAGUUCUAAAUGGAGGGGAUGGUGAAGCUGCAUGGCAACACACACAGCUGUUUAGAGAGAGCUUAACAGGAUGUGGAGAAAAUUGCUUGGAGAUAAUUAUAAAGCUCAGUGACCUCUGAGAAUCUGAACUGCAGAGAUGUGCUUUGGAUUCCUUGAAGACAUUAUACUAUGGAUACAACACGAAGAUUUGGUUGGCAAUUCUUCUUCAUCCUGCUGGCAGUUUAUUUCCUGUUUCACUGCUUUCAUUAAACCAACUUGAAACUGCACAUGUAUUGAAUAGGUAAACAUCACAAUGAAAACCUCUUUGUCUGUAAAAACAAACACCAAAAUUAAGGCAUCGAACCAUAAAGUAUCUUUUCUUAAACUUUACAGUGAAAACAAAAUAAUUUUUAGGAAGCAAAACUCGACCAUAGGCGCACAAAGCAGUUGUACUUGAUUUUAAUUUGGAGUUUUGAGAUUGGCUUGCUGUUUUUUGGGGUUUUUUUAAUAAUCUACUUGGAAAAACAGUUUUAAUUCUGUUUCCCAAUUACAACAGAUGCUUUUGAUGAUCUUAAAAUAUUUUAAAGAAUAGUAGAAAAUUUAGACAUUUUAAAGAAAAAUAUGAUUUUGUGUAAUAUCAGAAGUGCUGAAAUUAAGUUAGUUUCAAGAUUACUUCAAAAUUUCCUUGUUGCAAUCUAAGUAUUAAAACUGUAUUUAAUACUUAGAAAUAUUUUGAAGCCUGAAGAUUGCUAGAAGCUAAUUUUGAAAGAAGUGGUCACAUGUACCUAAAAUUGUCAUAGCCUGUGGUAUGAAAUUGAGACUUAAAACUAAGUAAGAAAUCACAAUUUUUUUCUAUGAAAAAAUAGGUUAUUAAUUAUAAAUACUUUUUAAUGAUACAAAUUCAGAUUUGCUUAAUAAAUCUUUUUAAAAGUAGGCAUGUAGGUUGAAAUCUUCUUAAGCUGUUGUCCUGAGUUGCUUUGAAUAGUAUACCCAAAUUUGAUGUAAAAAUAUAUACAAAUUUUCUGUUCGUUAAUGCAGUGUUUAAAUUUAUUUUCAGUCAUAUAAUAAAAAAAUGAAAAAAUGCCAUCCAGGAGAUGUCAGAUGUUGCAGUGCUGUGAAUAAAGCAUGGAGUGAAUGUUCAAAUUAGAUAGUCUUUAUCAGAGAAUCUGAGGAAGGCUGUGGCUGGGUACAAGAAAUUUUCUAUUAUAGGACUAAAAUACAAAGUUCAAACUGUAGUUUUAUUUCAAAAUAAGUGAGAAUUAGGGUUGAUGUUCUCAAGAUGAGUGGUUUUAAAGUUUUUCUUAUAUUUUCUGGCCUUUCCAACCUCUGUAUAUUUGAAAUUAUUGUCAAAAAUAAUUUUUGUUGAAAUAAAUGCUUACUGACCUUUCAACAAAUCUAAGGAAAUAGAAAACUAUUCAGAUUUUAUUAGGAAACUGCAAAGGCACAGUGAAUGCAGGCAUCAAAAUGAUCACACAGGCGUCUUAAAAAGUGGUAGAUUAUGGCAGUUUAGGAGUGACAGAAUGAUGUAUGAUGGAUUAUAUACUUCUGAAUGUAAAUUGACAGUUUACAAGGGGGAUUAGAAAGGAAGGGUCUCACUCCCUUAGACAGAACAACACAGUGACAGGGUACUGUGUGGAAGGUUGUUCAUCAGUACCUGGCUAAUGCAAGGUGAAUUUGCCAGUCUUCAUUCAAAACUCCUCCUGCAUUUGGUUUCAGCUAAAUGCUUUUUCUGAGAUUUUGAUGGGAACCAACAGAAAAGUAUUUUAGACUAAAAUAUAUACUAUCUUGAAAGAAAAAAAGGAAAAAGAAGACUCAGUGAAACCAAUCCACAAAAAUGUUUCCACUUCAUAUUUUGAUAGCUGAAAAAGUUACUGCUUUAAGACAGAAAUUAUGUUUUUGCAUUAUAUUACUUAUAAGAACCUUGAGCACUUGCAGAAUUCCUUAACUGCAUCUGAUAAUUUGAAAGCAGAAGGCAGAAUAAAUUUAAAAGGAGUAAGGUAAAGUAAUUUUCUCACAAUUUUGGUCAGAAUCUCUGGGGGAAGAGUAAGAGCUGCAGAUAACUUAAUAAAAGAGGAGAGUAAUUGAAGUCCAUUAUAAAAUGCUUAAAUGAAUUAAAAAGAUUGAAAGAUUGAAAAAUGCCUUACCAAUCUAAUUAAUGAAAAAGUACUUCUGUAUUUGUAAGAUCACAUGCAAUGAAUAGAAGUGCUUAUUUUAUGAAAGGAUUAAUAAGUAAAACACUCAGACUGAAUAGAGCUAAUAUGAAAAAUUUAAAUGUAACUCCUUCAGGUGUCUUUUGGAGUACCCUAUAAACAGUGAACACUUUUGAAUCUCUUCCUGCAUAAGCUGUUAUAAAGGCACUAAUUUUCUCUGCUGAUCUCCAUUUUAGUGCAAAUCUUAAUACAUUUUUGUAUUGUUUUUUUAAACUGGAGGUAAUUCCUCAUCCAUAGUUGCUUAAUAUUAACUUGCACUAUUCUGAAUUUGCCAUAUUACAUGGUGGAAAGAUCUGUACUGCAGUCUACUCUAAAAGUAUGGGUAUUAAGUUAUGCUGGCAAUGAUAUGAUACUGGAUGAGUAGUAGAUGUUGAUCAGGGCACAUGUAGCUAAAAGUCAAUGCUUACUCAACUUCUUAGAAGUUUGAGGAGGUGGAGGUGAAAUGGGGUUAAAUUAAGAAAUGUAUGACUUAAUACAGGUAAAAUCAGCGAUGUUUUCAAGAAUUCAGCUCAGUAUUGGUACAUUUUGAAGAACAACUUCCCAUGUCCAGCGUGCCAUGGGUGCCUUCCAAAGUUGAGGCGUAACAGUGAAAUCUUUUCAAUCAAAAUUUACAUAAAUACUAUACUACCCAGUUAAUUUUUGCAAACUGAUUUUGGAGUGCAUGGUUUCCAACAGAACUAUAUGGGAGCCUGUGCACAGAAUUCCUCCUUUCAAACAGUUUUCUGUCUUAGAGCUGAUGGUACUAUUAAUUUCUUUGUAUCCUGUUUUGAUGCUGAGUGCUGCAUGCAAAAUAGCAACUAUUAGAGGCAACUUACUUCAUUAUUGGUAGUAAUUUCCUACACUGGAGGAAGUUGCUGAAAAGAUAUAUCUUUAAAACAUAUGAAGGAAGCCCCUUCUAGGCUGUGUGGAAAGAAAGCACAGGUAUGCAGAAAUCAAGCAAACUUCAGUGUAAAUUAUAUACUUGCUUGCACUGAGAAGUAAGUAAUGAAAAUUUUCUUGUCUGGUCCUGUAUGAUAAUCUGUUGCCUUUACUCAUCUGUUAUCCAUGGAAGAUUUUUCACGUCUAGUGACCUAUGUGUGCGAUAUUAUCCCUAUUAUGUGCAACAUCAGGAAAUGUAGAACACUAAAAAUAAAGUAUGUUUGUCUCCGUAGUGCAGUGGAAUGAAAACAGAUGGUAGGCAACACAUAUGGCUGCCAGAAGCUGGCAACACCCAUUUGCAGAGUUCUUGCAGCUCAAAACAAAACAAGCCAAAACAAAGGAACUCGAAGGGGAGCAGAGAUUGUUCCAGGCAGAUAUCAGGAUAUCUGACCUCCAGGUGCACACUCCCCAUUUCUUUACCUUCAGUUGGUAAAGCUAGAAAUGGAAGUAUACCAGUAGUUAAGAAUUUAAUAGACCUCCUUAGUAUUUGUCAAAACUUAUAAUUUCUUAAGUAUUGGUAUUACUUAAAAUAAAUCUCUAAUUUCCACUGUAGGUUCAAACUUCUGGUUUUGGACAAAAUUUAAGAUUUUGCGAAGUAAUUCAACAUAAAAAAAUGUGUCAAUAUUGAAGGAACUUCUCUGUCACUGCUUUGCAUCAUAUGGAGGGUCAAAAAAGAAACUGCAGACAGGUGACUUCCUUAAACAGAGUUGCUGGAAUAGACCUAAGUCCUUUCUAGAAUUUGAAUAAUUUUUUUUCCAUUUAUUCAACUUUGUGCUAGUUCUGAAGGUUCUUUUAUGGGGUGCUAUUGUUGUGAGCAGUGCUUCAUGCCUUGUAGUUUAUGGCCUCUAAGCAGUAAUCAGUGAUGUAAUGUAUAUUACAGGUAACUAUAGGAUUGUUGGCCAUAUAGUGUCAUCAACAUAAGCAGCAGGAAAGAGUAAUAGCACUAAUAUCUGGGACAAUUCUAUGUUCUUUAUGCUAAUCUUGAAUAUUUAACCCAAGCAGAAGGAGAGUAGAGUAAAAAGAAAAAAAAAGUCUUCAGUAGGUUGAUACAGUUUCUUCUUCCCUUAAAGGUAUGGAACAGAAUUUUGAGACUGUGUUAGGGCACUUUAAAAUGGCCAAGGAACAAGCCAAGGGCAAACAGCCUUAAAUAUUUGUAUUUUAGGUGUGCAGAUAUUAUGAAAUGUGUAAGGGUUUACAUGUGACGGUCUGAAUAAGAGAACAGGGGGUUUUCCAUUGUUAAGAUUUUUAUUCUUAGUCUUUGGUUUUUUUAUGAUAAGCUUUAUGAUUAAGCUGUUAGCUUUGUUUAUAAUUAGCCUGCUUCAGUUUCUGUAGCUUUAUCUUUUUCUACACAUUUUCAUCUAAUGUAAAAUACAUUUUAAUUUGCUUUAAUUUAUGUGGAGAAUUGUAGCUGUAUGGUAAGUACACUGUGACAGAAAUUAAGUUGAUUUCUUUUUUUGGUUGAUAAAAGGGAUAGGUUAAAAAUAUUCAAACUCAGCAAAACAAAACAAAAAAAAGCAAUUGUAAUUAAAAUUGAUGACACCCAGAAACCAACAAAAAUAACAGGACUUAAUAAAAUUUUAUGGUGAAUGAAAAUGUAAUGGACUACAUAAGUAGUGCUGACAAAAGUAGCUUCCAUGACUGACCCUGUUUUUGAGGCAUUUUUCUAUGUGUUCAUUUAUAUUUAUGUCCCUUAAAGUUUUCAGUAGAAGAAAAUUGCUCAGAGUAGUGAACAGCUUUUUUGAAAAGCAGUCUAAGAUUUAAGGAAUAUCUGUUUUUAAAUAUUUUUUAUUUCUACUAAUCUAUGCUAUAUAAUUUUAAAAUUAGAACAGGGUCCUGCUUGCUUGUUACAGGUUCUUUCUUCGUUCCAGUGGAUAAUUGGGAUCUUUGAUUUUGGAAAAAGCGUGUUUAGUGGCAUACUGUAGCCAAGAGCUUUAGGAGCAUGCUAUCUGUAAUGAUUAUGGAAUUUCAGUGUGGCAUUGAGCACCUACAGAUACUUCAAGGACUGAGUCUUAAGUGCUGGUUAGCUGUGACCUUCUAUUAGAGGUCUUAAAAAUUGGGGGAAAAGAUGAUUUCACUAUGCAUUUUGAUUGUGAUGUUUCAAUGUACGCUCUGUUAAUUUGAUCCUCUGUUACAUAAUGCUAUGUGUUAUUUCAUAUCCUUGGAACUUCAGUAAUAUAGUGUAUGUCUCCCAUAUCCUUGAAGUCCCAGGAGAAAAUAUUUCCCCCCCUGAAAAACAUCAGCCAGCAGUUUAUCUCUGUCACAAUCAAGAGGAAUUGCUGAACUUAAUUUAGAUAAGCAGUUCAGAUAACAAUAUACAGACUCCCUUGUGAAACAGUCAUAAGGACACCAGCUGACAUAAGAAAAUGAAGACAUUCAAGAGUAAUGUUUAAGCAAACUCACAGUAAAGUAGGUGGAACAGUUGGUCACAGCCUUUUAGAGCAGAUGGAAAUACCAGCGAAGUACAGAAUGGAAGGAGAGAGACUCAAUUCUUGCUUCUGCAUUACCAUUGUGAUGAGAUGGAUAGAAGGUAAUGGAAUAUAUGUGUGUCCAGGCUUGCAUUAUAUCAAAAAUCUAAAUAACAUACUUAAACUGCAGCAGCUUUUACUUUUAGCCAAAGUGUCAGGGAAAUAUAUAGUAUAUUAAAAAGCAAAGUUCACCGCUGGCAAAAAAGAUGUAAAACUUUAUUGUCCAAAAGGGAAGUGCCUGCUUGUGGACUGCAUUAAGAAUUGUGGAGCCAUUCUCGUUUGGUUUAGUAAGAAGCAUGCACCAAACUGGUUUUGAUUUGUGUGUUUUCUUUUGUUAGGUUGUUUAGAUAGGAGUUUUUUGCCUAAGUAUGCUUACUGAUUUCCAUGAUGCUGGCAAUAAUGGUUUCAAAGAAAAUAGUCCCCCCCAUUCAAAAAUUAAAACUAAGGAUUGGAAUAAAAAAACCCAAACCCAACACCUCCACCAAGGAUGUAACAGGACAAACAGGAAGUGCAGGAAGUGUUAGAGGCUGCGGUUUAAUUUUAACACUUGAGGAUAGAAAAAAGUUGAGAUCAAGUUAGCGCUGAUAAAUUAAUGUCAAAUUUGCAUCAUUGAGGAUUUAUUUAGCAAAACAAGCUAAUUGUUUCAUUUUUUUCAUAAAUAUUUUUGAAAGGAGUUUGUAUCAUCAUGGAGCCUUUCAAAAGGAAACAGCAUCUUACUAAAUUCUUGCUCAAGUGUCAGUACUACGUAUUAUCUGCCUUUGUAAGAAGUUGUCUCGCCCCUUGACAACAUUAUUAUUGGCAUCAGUUAUUCCUCUACUUCAGUCAGUCUUUGAUAAUGUUUUUUUAAAUAAAAAUUCAUUUGACUUUUUUU